AUGGACGUAGCGACACGGCACCGCAUCCAUGACCUGGUCAAGGGCGUGGCCAACUCGGGUCGGCCCGUGGUCGAGCCCAAAGUCCUUGCCGAGUUGCGGGCGCUAGGCAAGACUGUGAGCGGCGUCGGCGCGACGGUGUUCGAGGCAAUGUGGAAGGAGCUGCCGCGGAAGCAUGCGCAGGUCCGGCUCUCGAUGGUUGCCCUGACCGAUGCGCUGUUCACCGCUUCCAAAGCCUUCCGCAAGGCCGUCAUUCGCGAGCUCAACGCGUUUGUGGCGCUCGUCGUCGGCUCGCCGGCCGAGCCGCUCCCCAAGCCUGCUGCGGUUGCGCCGCAGCUUCGCGCCGCCGCGCUGGCCGCUAUCGAUCGCUGGCACGCCAAGGUGCCCGACGUGGCACAACACCUGGACUUGGCCAUCCACUACAUCAAUAGCCGUCUGCGCCUGCAGCUUCCAUCCCAGAUCCGGCGCGCUGCCGAGGCCGCCCGUUCCGCGCCGCGCCCACGCCUCGCACGCCCGCCAUCGCGAACAGGCCUCCCGCGUGGUGCACUUCCGGUCUCCGCCGACGACCGCUCAGUUCGAAUCCAGCGAACACAGGUGCUGCUCCGGGCCAAGUUUGACGAACUUGUGGAGCGUGCCGAUGCCGUUUUUGACGCUGCUGCGUCGUCGGUCGAAGUUCUCGCCAACGCCACAACCCUGUUGGAAACUGCGCAGCAGGCGAGGCAGGUUGUCAACGAGCGCAAGAGUCGAACCGACGUCUCGAACGUGGAACUCUUGGACCGCGAGUCCGAGUCUCGGCUCGAUCCGGCUCUUCUCGAGCAGCGGUACUUUGCGGAUCAGGCCGGCGCCGGUAGCGACGGUGAGUACGAGUACGAGUACGGGUCGGACGACGAAGACGCUGACGACAUGGAAGACGGGCCAUCUGCCACGGUAUCAUGCUCAUCUGCAGCGUCUACGACCGAACGGGCAGCGUUGGCCCAUCUUUGCACCGCAGUCCGCGAUGCUGCACUGGAUCUGCGCACGACGUCGCAGCUCGAAGUUAGCCGCUGGAUUUCGGUGGUGGGCAAGGUCCAGCUUCCUGUUGGCGGCUAUGAGCGGACACUGCAGUCGCGAUUCAUGGCUCGGCUACUGGAGACCAAGGCUGCCAUGGCAGCGGCGCUGGAUCGAGCCGAGCAAGUACUGCCAGAUCUUGACCAGAGCCAAGAGCCGUCAUUUGAAGAGGUAGCGCUACCGCAGCCGCCGCCACCGUCGCAGCCUUCUGCGGAAAGUCCGAGUCGAGAGGCUACGGCUCGCAAGCGCGGGCGUGCCGAUGAUGAGAGUCCAGCUAAGAGUGGCCGCAGGAGAAAGCGCCGGCGAAAGCGGACAAAUCUCCUCCCUCUCGUCCCGCAAAGCCAGACGUGGCGAAAGGAGGCGCUGGCCAAGUCGCGGUCGCGUGACGCCAUGCUCGCUCUUCAUAAGUCCAAAGCUGCGGUUGACAAGCGGCGACACCGCGAUCCGAACCGAUGGAACACGCAGAUCUGA